AAUCUAUGAAUUAUCUCCCAUUUUUCUAGAAAGAAUCAUGGCGGAUGUUUAUCCAGAAUCGACAACAGGAAGUACUAAAGAAGACAAUUCAGUUGAUCAGAACAAAGAACAGGAAAGUGACUCCACAGCUUCAGGAUAUCAAGCUGCAACAGCCCCUAAUCCAUUUGGUCCUCGUCCAGGAAUAAAAACUGACUUAGUUUCUUCAAGUUCUUAUAAUUCUACAGUUCAUCUUACUCCCAGUAGAUUAUCUGGCAAUGCAGGAUUAAAGGGAGGCGAUCCUUCUAGUUCUGAUGAGGAAAAAAGUCACAGAUCAUCCAUACUUGCACCUUCACGUUUAGGAAUGUUGAAUAAAACAGAUGUAGCCAGUCCCUCAAAAUGUCUCUUGAGACCUUCAGCAUUAUCAGCUCAAGUUCAAACAUUGAAACAAAAAGAUUCACAACAAGAACAAAAAGAAAACCAAGAAUCAGUCAACCAAGAAAAAACACCUGAAGCAACGCCAGGAAGUUUUAUUACAAAAGAAAAUUAUUUUGCCACAGCUCUUACAAGUGCACCUGAUUCAACGACUGAUGAUGGUGGUGGGAAAAAUGAAUUUAUAUUUGGUACAAAUUUAAAUGAAAGAGUCACGGGUGUUAAUACAGCAUCACCAGACAGUAAAAGAGAUUCAAGUGAAUCAAGUAAAGAAUUUGUGUUUGGUCAGAAUUUAGCUGAACGUGUAGUCCAAUCUUCCACAAGUCCUGAUGAUGAAAAUAAAGAUAAAGACUUAUCAGAUGACGAGGAAGCAGAGGCUGGCAAAUGCAUAGAAAAAGCUAAAUCCUUAGAAGAAUCAGCUAGAGAAUUUCAGGCAAAGUAUGAAAGAAAGACAGAAUUAAAAGAAGUUGAGAUUAAAACUGGAGAAGAAGGGGAAUCUAAUGUAUUGCAGGCAACUGGUAAAUUAUUUGUGUUUGACAGUGCUAAUCAAAAUUGGAUUGAACGAGGGCGUGGUUCGUUACGGUUGAAUGAUUUAAGGAGUUCAUCUGGAAUGGGAACAGAAUUUCACUCACGAUUAGUUAUGAGAACACAAGGCAGUCUUAGGGUUAUAUUAAAUACAAAGAUAUGGCCAGGGAUGACGGUAGAAAAGGCUAGUCAGAAAAGUCUUAGGAUAACAGCUACAGAUUCUGAUGAAGGUGUCAAAGUCUUUCUUAUAAAUACAAGUAUUAAAGACAGUGAGAAUAUAAUGAGAGCAGUAGACUGGAGAAUACAACAAUUAAGAGUCAGAGAAGAAGCAGAUAAACCCAAAUUCUCAGAAAAACGCAAAGCAGAUAUAGAUUCCUCACCUGAUGACGCUUCUCAGAAAAAAUCAAGAGUAGAUGAAGUACCAUGUAUCAGAAGAGAAGAAUCUGAUGGCAGUGUACUGGAUCCAGAAACAGAAGCAUCAUCUGAAAGCUGUACCUCUUCAUCAUUGACUGUGAGAUCAGAAUCAGACUGAGGCUGGAAGGAAAUAAAUUUCAAUCUAUAAAUAGAACAUAGUGAUUAUAGCAAUGAAAUUGUGAUCAAUAUUUAAACAUGGAGAAGAUAACACCUAUAAAACUUGGCUACAAAGAAUUUGAUAAUAUUAGGUUUUGUUUUAGUCUUCUUCAUAGUGUAUUUCUCAAAAUAACGAGUAAAAAUGAUCCACAAACAUACUGAUAUAUACCUUUAAAGUAUUGCACCAUUGCUUUUUAAAAAAGAAACACUUUGUUAACACUGUUUAGUGUUAGUUAAAGUGACACCAGAGAACCAGUAUGUUUAUAAUGUAUUGAUGUUCUGUGUUCUCUGGCUCAGGAAUGUGUGUAGAACUGUAGUUAUACUGAAUGAUAACAUAAAUAUCAUCUCACAAUAUAUUAUGUAAAUGUUAAGGGACUUUUUUUUAGAUUUUUUUGUCAUUACAUUAUAUGAUAUUCUGAGACAUUGUAUUAAAACCAUUUUGGUUAUCUAAUGCUUUGUUAAAAACCUGAAAUGAUUAACAUGGAGAUUGUAUUUUUUCUCAAAGAGAAUAAUCAUAUUUCGACUUGUAUCGUCACUUAGAUACUCAUGAUAUGAUCCUAGGGUAUAUAAGGCUCAAAGGUUUAGGAAUUAAAAUAGAUCUUCAAUUUCAUGUUGACUGAAGUCCUAUUUUUGCCUGUCUUUCGAUAAACCAGGUUGAUAAACUUUCAAAAUUGUUCUUAUUUUAAUUUUUGUUGAUUUUUUUCUGAAUUUGUAUCAAAUAUUUUCCACUGGGUGUAAAACCAAAAGCAAUCAAUAUCAAUGUAUAUGUUGAUAAAUGUAAAUUCUCAUAUUGACUGAAUAUCAACUAAAAAAAUACACUCAUGUGCUGGUUCCUGUACCGUAUGUUUAAGUCACAGAAAUUCUCUGAAAGCCAGUUUUCAAGCCAAAGAUUUUGGUUCUCUUUGGGUAUACUCAUUCACAUUUAUUCACAAAUAAGAACUGACUGCUUCAUAUAUCUGGCUGAUAGUGGUGUAAAAAACCAACAAACAAUCAAUCAGUCUGCUUAAUUUAUAUAAUAAAAGUUCUUUUCCAUACACCAAAAUUAUGAGAUGGGUGUAUAACUGAUAAAUAGAUAAAUACUGAUUAAAGAUCACACAUCUUAUAAGAAAUACUGAUUUUCAGUCGUAAAGCACAAAUCACUAAAAAGCAAAUAUUUCUGUGAAAUAAUCUAUUAAUGAGAUACCUGUACAUGCAUUUUCCAAAAUUAUUUCUUUUUUACGUGCCCAUGUGAUUUGACAAAAUUUGAUGUUGGCUAUCAUUUAUUUAUACCAAAAGUGUGCUUAAUGUUUUAUUGCAAUUUUUAAAGCUAUAAGCUUUUCAGAACUGUUAGAAAAUGUUAAUAAAAUGCAAUAAGCGCUGAAAGAACUCCUUUUCACCAUAAGUGCUAACUCUAUGUUAUUCAUAGUCAUAUUCCUAUAUUAGGAGCAACUUAAUAAUAACUGUUUAUAUACUGUUAAAAAUCACCUUAACCAGAUCAACUCCAUAUUGUGCUUGAGCUUGUAUGCUUGAUCUGAACAUGCUAUUAUCCUUCAGUCAAACAAUUGCUUCUGUUGGCAAAAUCUUUUUGCAUUUUAUUUUUAUUAAUAAAGUAAAUAAUCAUUUUUAUCUUGCCAUACAUUCACAACUUAAUAUACCGGUUAUAUUCUAUUGUCAACUGAUGGCAAUUUAUUUCAAUAAAAACAUAAACACAUUUUAGCUUUUGACAUCCUCAUGCCUCAGCAAUUUUUUUUAAACAUGGAAAUCAGUGAUAUUUUUUUUGGCAGAAAAGUUUAUUGUUAAUGUAUGUUAACAUGAAAUAUUAUAAAUCAGCUUUUUACAUAGUGUGACAAUAAGUAGUGAUUAGCAUUGUGGAAAGUUUACAUUGUAACAAUUAUCCAUCAUGCCUAUGUAGUCAAUGUUCGGUCUCCCUUCGAGACUUGUUAAUAUGUUAAUAAACAUGUAAUCUAUCA